CCGGCUAGUCGCACCAAGCUGAACCCAACAGCUUCUGCUUCCCCAAAUCCCCAAUUUUUUUCCCCAUUCCAACAAUUUCUCGCGAGAAAUCGAGAAAUUCCCCUCCAAAACCCUACCGAUCUCCCCAAUUUCUCGUCCUCCCCUCCUCCCAUGGCCUCCAACGGGAGCCCCGCGAGGGUUUCCGAUACGGAGAAUAGCUUGGAGAGGAUCAAGAGGCAGCUAACGUCGGGGUCGGGGAGGUAUCUGCUUCAGGGGCCUCUUCUCAAGCGAUCUGAGACGUUGAGAAAAUGGAAUGAGAGGUGGGUGAUAUUAGAUCCAACAACUGGGAAGAUGGAAUACAAGACUCGGAGAAGUGACCCAAUUGUCAAGGGAGCAAUAGUAUUUGAUGCAACUAGCACAAUCUCUUUAUCUCCUGUGAACUUCCAUGGAUUGCAGAAGUAUGAUGGCUGUUGUUUUUAUAUUGGUACUCUUCAGAAAAAGGAGUAUUUCCUUUGUGCAGAAACUCCCGGUGCUGCAAAAGCUUGGGUAUCCACUUUACGUGCGACUCAGUUGGUACUCCGGGCUCAUAAAGAGGCGGUGAAUUCUUUGGGUGGUAAUGGUUCUUCAAAAUUAGGAACAGUGGCUGCUGUGGUGGCAGCUGCGAAUGCAACUGCAAUGGAGGCCUCUAAAGAAAUAGAAGCAGCUAUGAAGAUUUCUUUGAAAGCAGCUUUGGGCGUGAUGACAAGUAAGCCCAAUGAAGAUCCACUCGAUGAUUUAACGAUCAUGAAGGAGACUCUUCGUGUCAAAGACGAGGAGCUGCAGCAAUUAGCUAAGGAUAUUCGUGCUCGAGACUCCACAAUAAGAGAAAUAGCAGAUAAGCUAACUGAGACUGCCGAGUCAGCUGAAGCUGCUGCUUCUGCAGCUCAUGCAAUGGAUGAAGAGAGACGGCUUCUCUGCGCUGAAAUCGAGCGUCUAAAAAUUGACUCAGGGAAACAAAUUGAAUCAUUCAUGCUCAAGUUAAGAGAAUCAGAAGAAAAAGUAAUAGCCCUGAGUAAAGAAAAAGAGGUUUUGCUGAAGCAAAGAGAUUCAGCCCUUCGAGAGGCACAAUUGUGGCGCUCUGAGCUUGUGAAAGCUAGAGAGCGUGCAGUGGUGUUAGAAGCAGCUGUUGCUCGAGCAGAAGAAAAAGCUAGAGUUUCAGAAGCAGAUGCAGAUGCCCGAGUAAAGGAUGCUGCGGAGAAACUGCAGGCCGUUGCAAAAGAGAAAGAAGAGCUCCUAGUUCUUGUGAAUCUUUUGCAAUCUCAAGUCCAGAGGGAACAAAGCAGCACGAAACAAGUCUGUGAGGAGAGACCAGAGUCGUGCUCCAGUGGGGCCCGCAACAAUCCGCCACUGACGAAGCACAUGGAUUCAUCCGAGGAUGACGUGGACAAGGCCUGUUUGAGCGACUCGCGAACGGUACCGGUUUCUGAGAACAGCAUGGUGCAGCUGGCAGUUGAUGGAGUCGACAUAGGUUUGAUCGGUGAUCCAGAGUGGGCGGGCGAUUUUCGGCCAUCUGAUGCAAGAAUAGCCGAUGUUAGAGAAAUCUCCCCUGAAUCAGAAGGGGGCAGCUUGGAUAUCCCAGUUGUGAGCCCACCAGUUAAUGAGAGUUCUUUCCAACCAUGAUAAAAGGGCUCUUGAUGAUAAAAUGAUAGAGAAGGUUUUUUUUUUUUUUUUUUUUAUAAUGAAUAUGAUGCGAUUGUAGACAACUAUGCUAAGAAAGUGUGUGGAGAUUUCUACUUUGAGGAUGAUAAAGGAAUAGAGUUUUCUGGUGGUGAUAUUUGGUAAGAUAUACUGUUGUUUAUGUAAUGUCUAUGUUGUAUUAAAUUAUAGAGAUGAAUAAAAAGGUCAUUGGUAGUGUCUUGUUUGUGAUGAUUCAA